GCGGCGGGACCGGGGGGCGGGACCGGGCCGGGAGGGGGCGCGAAGGAUGAGCUCCAAGAGGCCGCGAGGGGACCUCGGGAAUGGGGUCGGCAGGAAACGGCUGAUGAAGCGGCAGGAGCGGGUGGAGCUGAACCCACUGCUCUGGGAAGCGAAGGAGCGAGUGAGCGAGGCCUGGAGCCUGGGGCUCGAGUACUGCCAUGAGCAAGGCUUGGCAGUGGAUACGCUGCCAUUCCCACACUGUGUGAUACCAAACUUCAUCCAGAGCCAACCCUUUCUGGACGGACUUCAUAAUGAGCUUCUGCAGCAGCGCUUCCAGGAAAAAUCCAAUGAUCUUUACAAGUUCCAGCAGUCAGGUGAUCUGAAGGAGAGUAAAGAGCAUCACAUCGUAGGACUCAGAAACGUGCUCUUUGAAGACUUUCGGAGGUGGCUGACUGACAUCACUGAGGUCAAAUUGGAAAAUACUGUGGAUUUAUCUUGUGCUAUGUAUGAAUAUACAGAUGUCUUACUCUGCCACGACGAUGAGUUAGAGGGUCGGAGAUUUGCAUUCAUCCUGUACCUUGUUCCUGAGUGGGAGACAUGUGAUGGAGGCACCUUGGACCUUUAUGAUGUGGAUGAACAUUAUCAGCCUCGUCAGAUUGUCAAGUCUCUGACUCCUUCGUGGAACACACUGGUUUUCUUUGAGGUGUCUCCUGUGUCUUAUCAUCAGGUGUCUGAAGUUGUCUCAGAAGGGAAAUGCCGCCUUUCUGUCAGUGGCUGGUUUCAUGGGCCUUCGCUGGAGAGGCCACCUCGUUACAUUGAAUCCCUGUCUCCUCGGCACCAACAUAUUGCAUGCGAUGAACAAAUUCUUUACGACUGGAUCAGUCCGAUCUACAUGGACAUGCAAACACAGGCCCAGGUCCAAGAGGAGUUUGAGGAGAAGUCGGCGAUGCUCCUGAAGAAUUUUCUGAAGAAAGAGAAGUUUCAGAUGGUGUGUGAGGCUCUGCACAGCACGGACAUGAAAUGGAAGAGAAAGGGACCUGCUAACAAGAGAUGCUAUCAUCAAGCAGAUGAAGAUGGCCUCCCUGACAUUCUUGCCCAGUGUAUGAAGCUGUUUCGCUCCGAAGCCAUGUUUCUGCUCCUGUCCAAUUUCACCGGCUUAAAACUGCACCUCCUUGCAGCCUCAAACGAGGAUGAGGAGGAGGAGGAGGAGACAGGCGAGACCUCUUCAGAGACUAAGUCGUCUGCUAUCAAUGGACAUGAGUGCUCCAGCACAGAAAUAGACGGCAAGCCUGAAGCAAUGGACCAGAGAGAGGAUGAGAUUGGAGAUGGGGAAAGUGGAACAAAGGAAAACGAAGAAUCUGGAGAGAAGAAAAAGCCCAGUGUUCCUAUGUGCCGGGGUGAGUUACGGCACUGGAGAAAUGGCUACUACACCCUUAUCCAUGACACCAAUGUGGAAAAUUCCGAGUUUGCACUCGAUCUGCUGCUGUUUUGCAGGUGCAAAGGCUGGGACGCGGAAUUUGGCGGAGUUACUUCAUAUAUCGCUAAAGGGGAAGAUGAAGAGUUACUUACGCUUUCUCCAGAAGAAAACUCCUUGGCUCUGAUCUACCGAGAUAAGGAAACACUGAAGUUUGUGAAACACAUUAACCAGCGAAGUGUGAGCCAGUGUCUGAGCGCCUCUGAGAAGAACGGAUUCUGGGACUUUUCCUUUGUGUAUUACGAAUGACUGCAGGAGCUUUGAUGCCCCUUUUGUGUUUAAAGGAAGAGCUAUGAUCCUCUUUCUAAAUCAUCCACACAAACUUGCCUGUGAUAUGUGGAGUGAAAAUGUCAAAAUACACACAUUGGUUUUAAAACCUGAA